AUGAAACGCUCAUUCGACAUCUCCGUAAACAUGGCUCGUCGACAGAUCGUGGAGACAUGGAAACUCUUUCUUCCAUACAGUGCUUUACAUGCGGUUUCCUUUAUUGCCUAUCAGUUCCUCGGCAUAGCGUAUCGAUCGAUUUUUGUAAAAUUGCUCGACGAAGUUUCGUACGCAGCCGGGACUGGCUAUAUUUUUACUCCAACCUACUUUGUCGCCAUUUCGCCCCUGUUGAUUUUCUGGAUCAUUCACAGCCGAGAAAAGAGUCGACUCAACCAAUCGAAAGACUUGAUGAAAAAGGAACUCGAGGCAAACGAUCUCUAUUUCGAAAACUAUCGAAAUCAAUGGGAAUGUCCACCUGGAAAGCGGAAACAAACACACCAAGAAACCGGUCAUUGGAAGUUUCUUUGCAACUUUCGUCAAAAGAUCUAUCCAUCAAAUGAAAAAGUU